GCGGUCCGCUGCUACCAGCAGGUCAAGGAAUAUGGCGGCGGAGGAGGAGAGCAGGUUGAAGCAGCGGAAUCACAAAAACAGCAUCUUCAGAGAGGGUGGCCACAAGUUUACGUCGGACACAUCCCCGAUGAGGCAUGAGGAGGAGGAGGAGGAGGAGGAGGAGGUGGGCGUGGCCAGGCCGGUGCAGAUUGUGAUGGCAAAUGAGGAGGAGCACUCGUUCACGUUGCAGGAGGAGGCGCUGGAGAGGCUGCUGCUGCAGGACGAGGUGCAGGACCUCCACGUGGUCGUCGUCUCUGUGGCCGGAGCUUUCCGCAAGGGCAAGUCCUUCCUACUGGACUUCAUGCUGCGCUACAUGUACAAACAGUCCAAUUCAUGGAUCGGCAACGUGGACGAGCCUCUGACGGGCUUCACCUGGCGGGGCGGCUGUGAGAGGGAGACCACAGGCAUCCUGGCCUGGAGCGAGCUGUUCGUGGUGGAGAAACCUGACGGCUGCAAGGUUGCAGUUCUACUAAUGGACACACAGGGGGCGUUUGACAGCCAGUCUACCAUCAAAGACUGUGCCACGCUGUUCGCUCUGAGCACCAUGACCAGCUCUGUCCAGGUGUACAACCUGUCCCAGAACGUCCAGGAAGACGACCUUCAGCACCUCCAGCUCUUCACUGAGUACGGACGACUGGCCAUGGAGGAAGUCUACGAGAAACCUUUUCAGACCCUGAUGUUCCUGAUCAGGGACUGGAGUUACCCUUACGAACAUCCGUACGGUCUGGAGGGAGGAUGGAGCUUCCUGGAGAAACGACUGCAGGUGAAGCAGAACCAACAUGAGGAGCUGCAGAACGUCAGGAAACACAUCCACUCCUGUUUCUCCAACAUCAGCUGCUUCCUACUGCCUCACCCCGGCCUCAAGGUGGCCACUAACCCUCAGUUUGAUGGCCGGCUCAGAGAUAUCGAUGAGGACUUUAAGAAGGAGCUGGUGAACCUCGUCCCGACGCUGCUCUCUCCGGAGAACCUGGUGGAGAAAGAGAUAGGAGGAGUCAAAAUCACCUGCAGAGACCUGCUGCAGUACUUCAAAGCUUACAUGAAGAUCUACCAGGGAGAGGAGCUCCCUCACCCCAAGUCCAUGCUGCAGGCAACAGCUGAAGCCAAUAACCUUGCAGCUGUAGCAGGAGCCAAAGACGUAUACAACAAGAGCAUGGAGCAGAUCUGCGGUGGAGAUAAACCCUACAUUUCCCCGGCGGAGCUGGAGCACCGUCACGCGGAGCUGCGGCAGGUGUCGGUGCGGCACUUCCGCUCCGUUAAGAAGAUGGGCGGCGAGGAUUUCUGCCGGCGCUACCAGGAGCAGCUGGAGGCGGAGCUGGACGAGGCCUACACCAACUUCAGUAAGCACAACGACGGCAAGAACAUCUUCUACGCCGCGCGGACGCCCGCCACGCUGUUCGCCGUCAUGUUCGUGAUGUACGUGGUGUCGCUGGUCACGGGCUUCGUGGGCAUCAGCUCCGUGGCCACGCUGUGUAACCUCGUGAUGGGCGUGACUCUGACGGCACUCUGUAUCUGGGCUUACGUCAAAUACUCCGGAGAGUUUCGUGAGGUGGGAGGAGUCAUCGACCAGGUGGCCGAAACCCUCUGGGAACAGGUUUUCUCCAAACUCUUCGAGGUGGCUCGGAGUCGAGUCCCGUUGGGAAGCCUGAUCCCGGCGCCGUGGCCUCGGCUCACCACAAACAACAACGUGAAGAAGAAAAACUAGCAGCACGCCACCUUGGUCUCGUCACGUUUUAUUUUUCCCCUCUCCCUCACCCUCUGCUCGGUUGUGAAACGACAUUUUUAGGACGGUUUGACAGGUAUAAAUCAGUCUUUGUUCUCUGACUGUAGAUGAUGGUUCCCCACCGUGACGGCCGUAGGUUUAAGGACUCGCUGUAGACCCGGACGAAGCAGUUUGAUGUAUUUUAUUAUUUGUCAGUGGGCGGGGUUAUGGUAUUUAUUGGUGGGAGGGGCCAUUGUUCUAUCACUGAGCGUCAUCCCGGGUGUGUGUUCACCUGUCGCACGAUGACUCGUCAUCUUAAUGAUUCCCAUUUAUGUGAAUGUAUGAAUGAAGACCGUGACCACAGACCCUCCUGUCGUCCGAGUCAGGCUCGUCUCUGUCGCUGGGCGGCGUCACGAGGAGGAGUCACAACCAAAGUUUACGGCUUUACUCAUAGAGGCUCUCAGACAGAGCGAACUGACAAACACGGGCAGGAAACUGCAGCUGACGGGUGGUUUUUGGGGCUUGAAGGACCGUUUGGUUUCAGGGAAAGUUUUCCUACUUACCCAGAAUCAGAAACUCAUGGAUGAGUUCCUCCAUUUCUCUGCCCUUUUGAAGGUAAAUUGAAGAGUCUGGCGUAGCUCUUGAUGAAAUGGGAGCAGUAGACAAAUACACCUGAGGCCUCAAAAACUCAUAAUUCCUCAAACUUCUGUGUCCGUUGAAGUGACCAGACAUCAGUCAGGAGAUGGAGGAAGGCCAGAGAAAUGCUACGCACCAAUCCGUGGUAAAUAUUCACGGAAGUGUCAGUCUGCUUCAGUGAAGUGGAACCUGCCGUCGUCACGUGACCUUAAGCGCAGGAAGUCCGGUCAAAUGGCUACGGAAGUGGAUCUUCCAUUUAGAAGAAUAAUAGAACCGGAGACGAUGGAUCACUGGAUUUUUUUUUUUUUUGUCUUAAGCCCAUGACCUCAGCACUUCAUACGUUACUGUGAUUCUGUCACAUAGCGUUCAUUACUUUAUUUUAUUUUUUUAACCUGUUAUUCAGCAGCAAGUUGUGUCUUUAAAAUGUAUUUUUAAAAUCUCAUAGAUGUCUAAUGUGAGUCCACAAUGAAAGUAAAUUCAAGACCAACACUUCUGUCUCGGUCUGCCACAGCCAGCGGAGCAGAGAGGCACAGUCUGUACAAACGGUUUUUCAUUCUGACUGAAUGCAAGUAACCAUGACUCUCAUCAUCGAUUCAUCCGCAGAUUAUUUUCUCCAUGGAUCGAUUAUUAGUUUUGUCUCUAAAAUGUCCAAACGUAACGUGAAAUGCUUCACUCCCGGAGCCCGGUUUUGUGCGAAGGUCAGUCCAGAAGUCGAAAACCCAAAGACAUUCAGUUCACAGCGACACCGGACAAAGAAAAAUGUUAAAUCUGCAGACGUGAGAAGUUGGAAAAACGACAGAAACGAAUCAGUUAUCAAACGGUUGCCCAUCAGUUUUCCACCAACUGACUAAUCGAUUGAUCCACUGAUCGUUUCAGCUCUGAUUCUGAGCAGGAAGUAGACAUCUGAGGUUAGGAAAUACCUCAGACGCUGCUGGAUACAAAGCAAAAAAUAAGCAUUUGAUUCUUUCCCUCUCGGGAUUGUGGAGUGAGUCACGGACUCAUUUUCAGCCUGGCGUUACUCGCUGUUCCUCGUGGUUUUAAACCAGGUUUUCACGCUGCUGUUAACAGGAAGUGGCUCAGAUCUUCAAUACGAAGUAAUUUUAAAUACGAAGUUGAAAAUAUGAAUACAGGGUUGGUGAAGUCAUGAGUGUCAACAGGAGGUGAACAGCGUUCGCGGUCGCUCUGAGCUCUUGUGAAUUAGCUCAAAUAUUCUUAAAACUAAAUUUUAAAAAAGAGAAA